CCCACCCUGCAUACUCCAGCGAGCUGCAUUAGGCUCCGUUACGGCUCCAGUCCUCAGCCACCCUCCCCCGAGCCGGCUCCGGGAGCAGCCGCAGCCGCGGCGAGCGAGAAGGGCGCCGGGACCUCUGGCCAGCAGCAUCCUCAGCCCUCGCCUGCAGCUGGCCGGGCUGGCGAGAGGAUGAGGAGAGAUGGGCCAAGCUUGCGGCCACUCCAUCCUCUGCCGGAGCCAGCCCUACCAGCCGGCCGCGUCUGACAUACGGGGCCAGCAGGUUUUCCUGAAGGCGGAGGAGACGCUGCCCAGCUCCGAGGCGCUACAGGAUGCCUUACUGAGUCUGGGCUCCGUGAUCGACGUCGCCUGCCUCCGGGAGGUCAUCAAAGAUGCCAUUACGUCCGUGCUCCCCAAAGUGGAGCACGUGUACGUCUACCUGCUGGAUGGAGAAGCCAGGCUGACCUGCGACGACCCUCCCCACGAGCUGCCUCCCGAGGGAAAGAUCAGGGAUGCCGUCCUCAAGCAGAAGCAGGUGGGAUGCAAUGGGCUGCCCCAGUCGGAGCUCCAGGGCAAACCGAUGGACAGCCUGGCGGCACCUUUGCCUCCUGAUAAACAAGUGUUGAUAAACCCGCUGGUGGACAAGGACUCAGGGGAGGUGGUCGCUGUCAUCCUGGUGCACUGUGGGCGGCUGAGCGAGUCGGACGAGCAGAACCUGCGGGUGCUGGAGCAGCAUAUCCGGGUGGCUUACCGGCGUGUCCAAACCCUCCAGAAACUGCAGCCCUGGCCCCAGGUCAGUCUGUCCACCAGCUCGUCCCAGAAUUCCCUGGCCAAGACCGAGAGGGCAAUGCACAGCGGCUACAGCGACCUGGACCGCAAGAUACUGCAGCUGUGCGGGGAGCUGUACGACCUCGAUGCGGCCUCGCUCCAGCUCAAGGUUAUUAACUAUCUGAAGCAGGAGACCCAGUCCCCCUGCUGCUGCCUCCUGCUGGUCUCGGAAGAUAACCACCAGCUCUUCUGCCAGGUCGUGGGAGAUAAAGUGCUGGAAGAGGAGAUCAGCUUCCCUCUGACGUUUGGGCGUCUGGGGAAGGUGGUAGAGGAGAAGAAAUCCAUCACCCUACAGGACAUCAGCGUGGAGGAACACAAGCAGCUUCACAACAUGCUGGGAUUCGAGGUGACCUCCAUGCUGUGUGUGCCAGUCAUUAGCCGGGCCACCUCCCAGGUGGUAGCCUUAGCCUGCGCUUUCAACAAGCUGGGCGGAGAGAGCUACACGGAGGCCGACGAGCACAGAAUCCAGCACUGCUUCUGCUACACCUCCACUGUCCUGACCAGCACGCUGGCCUUCCAGAAGGAGCAGAAACUGAAGUGCGAGUGCCAGGCACUCCUGCAAGUGGCUAAGAACCUGUUUACGCACUUGGAUGACGUGUCAGUGCUGCUCCAGGAGAUCAUCACAGAAGCCCGAAAUCUCAGCAACGCUGAAAUAUGCUCGGUUUUCCUGCUGGACACGUUCAGCCAUGAGCUAGUGGCCAAGGUGUUUGACGGGGGCGUGGUGGAUGACGAGAGCUAUGAAAUCCGCAUCCCAGCGGAUCAGGGCAUCGCGGGUCACGUGGCAACGACGGGGAAGAUCCUCAACAUCAAAGACGCCUAUUCCCACCCGCUCUUCUACCGGGGGGUGGACGACAGCACCGGCUUCCGGACCCGAAACAUCCUGUGCUUCCCCAUCAAGAAUGAGAGCCAUGAGGUCAUCGGGGUGGCGGAGCUGGUCAACAAGAUCAAUGGGCCUUGGUUCAGCAAGUUUGACGAGGACCUGGCCACGGCUUUCUCCAUCUACUGCGGUAUCAGCAUCGCCCACUCGCUGCUUUACAAGAAGGUCCACGAAGCCCAGUACCGAAGCCACGUGGCCAACGAAAUGAUGAUGUACCACAUGAAGGUCUCGGAUGAGGAAUACAAAAAGCUGCUGAGCGACGGGAUCUGCCCCGUGGAAAGCAUCGACUAUCGCUUCGCCGAUUUCACCUACACGCCGCGCUCACUGCCCGAGGACGACACACCCAUGGCCAUCCUGAGCAUGCUGCAGGACAUGAACUUCAUUAACAACUACAAAAUGGAUCGCCAGACGCUAGCCAGGUUCUGCCUGAUGGUGAGGAAGGGCUACCGGGACCCGCCCUAUCACAACUGGAUGCACGCCUUCUCCGUCUCCCACUUCUGCUACCUGCUCUACAAGAACCUGGAGCUGGUCAAAUACCUGGAAGACAUUGAGAUCUUCGCCUUGUUCAUCUCCUGCAUGUGUCACGACCUGGACCACAGAGGCACCAAUAACUCUUUCCAGGUGGCUUCGAAAUCUGUCCUGGCGGCGCUCUACAGCUCCGAAGGCUCUGUCAUGGAGAGACACCACUUCGCACAGGCCAUUGCCAUCCUGAACACCCACGGCUGCAACAUCUUCGACCACUUCUCCCGCAAAGAUUACCAAAGGAUGCUGGAUCUGAUGAGGGACAUUAUUCUGGCCACGGAUCUCGCUCACCAUUUGCGGAUCUUCAAGGACCUGCAGAAGAUGGCGGAAGUGGGCUACGACCCGGAGAACAAGCAGCACCACAGCCUGCUGCUCUGCCUGCUCAUGACCUCCUGCGACCUCUCGGACCAGACCAAGGGCUGGAAAACCACCCGGAAGAUCGCUGAGCUGAUCUACAAGGAGUUCUUCUCCCAGGGAGAUCUGGAGAAAGCCAUGGGCAACCGCCCCAUGGAGAUGAUGGACCGGGAGAAGGCCUACAUCCCCGAGCUGCAGAUCAGCUUCAUGGAGCACAUCGCCAUGCCCAUCUACAAGCUGCUCCAGGAUCUGUUCCCGAGAGCCGCCGAGCUGUACGAGAGGGUGGCCAGCAACCGGGAGCAGUGGACCAAAGUGUCUCACAAAUUCACCAUCAGGGGCCUCCCUAGCAACAACUCACUGGACUUCCUGGAUGAGGAGUAUGACCUGCAGGGGAUGGACACGGAGAGCGCCAAGAUGAACGGCUGCCUGGACACGGAGGGGCACAUGGAGAUGGUGGCGCAAUGAGGUUCUCCUCACUGCGGCAGGG